CAGUGUAACUGAAUUGCAUAAAAUUUUACUACAUGCUCAUAAAUAUUAUUUUCGCAUACCACAUUAAUUUGAUAAAUGUUGGGACUACCUAACAGGUAAACGACUUAGAAUUAGCCGCAAACUUUACUAUGAAUAAUCAAAAUCAAGUGCUAAACAGCCACAAUUCUCCACCUACACCUUAAAUAUUUCUGGCAUCAGUGUUGGGGUCUUGUUUUAUUUUUAAGUUAUUUUUGGAGAAUUUAGAGUAUUCUCAUUCUAUUUCAUUUCAAAUGGUUCAGUCGCGGAACUUUGUUACGUAAACAGCAACUGUCGACGGCUGUUGACAAUUAAAGUCGAUCAAUCCUUUAAUGUGAAGGAAUUUAUUGAUUUCCCGUUUUAUUGGAUCGAUCGAAUUGUGCGUCAAUGUUUAGUGGGGGUGGGUUAGACGCUCAAACGGAUGUUUGGGGACAAUUGGCACUCGAGGGCCAUCAGCUUUAUGUUACUGAUGGUACACCAGUUAAAUCUCCUAGAUUUACAACGACCAUCGAUAAAAUGCCUGACAAAGUUCUUUUGCACAUAUUCAGUUAUUUAUCGCAUAGAGAAAUAUGCAGAAUGGCACGAGUUUGCAAAAAAUGGCGUAUGAUAGCCUACGAUACCAGACUAUGGAAAUAUGUGUCCUUAAGGCCCGAAGUGUCAGGAUUACAUGUCAGUUCUUUAGAAUCAUUACUGGCUCUUAUCAGUAUUAGAUUUGGACCAUCUCUGCGUUAUAUAGAAUUGCCUAUCGAACUCAUUACGCACACUGUUUUACACGAAUUGGCCAAUAAAUGUCCCAACUUAACGCACAUGUUACUAGAUUUCUCAACUGCCAUGCAGCUUCAUGACUUUAGCGAAUUACAGGGAUUUCCUACAAAAUUAAAAUAUUUGUGCAUUUGUUUGUCCGAAGUAAUUUUUAUGGAGGGUUUUAUGCGAAAGAUCUAUAACUUUAUCAACGGGCUUGAAAUUUUGCAUUUAGUCGGCACUUACGAAAAAAUGGAAGAAGAGGAAGAAGAAGUGUAUGAAGUUAUUAACGUUCACAAAUUAAAAUCUGCUACGCCCAAUCUAAGAGUAAUAAAUCUGUAUGGCAUAAACUUCGUGGACGACAGUCAUAUAGACGCAUUUAGUUCAAAUUGCAUUCAGUUAGAAUGUCUGGCGGUAAACUAUUGCGCGAAAGUAACAGGAACAACUUUGAAAGUUCUAUUUCAAAGAAACAGACGUUUACGAUGUCUACUCUUAAAUGGAACAAGUUUGCAAAGUGAAUAUUUGUUACAAGUAGAAUGGGAAAAAUGCGCUCUCCAGGAACUGGAUAUUACAGCAACCGAUCUUUCUACCGAGUGUUUAACAGAUAUGCUAACCAGACUACCUGGUCUACGAUUUUUAAGUGCAGGACAAAUUAAUGGUUUCAACGAUAGUGUUCUUAAGGCUUGGAUGGAAAACGGCAACGUAAAAAAUCUUAUUGCAUUGGAUUUGGAUAGUUCAGACAACUUAACUGAAGAUGCCCUUUAUAAAUUUUUAUCCAAACAUGGUCACCAGCUUCAAGGACUUUGUCUGUCAGGAAUGACCCAUAUCACUGAUUCUUUAUGGCAGAAUGUUCUUCCUAUACUUAAUAAUGCCAAAAUACUAGUGAUGGGGACCCAAGAGAAACUUGGUGGUAAUGUAUUAGUGGAUCAAUUAAUGGACGGUAUUGCCAGCAAUUGUCCAAAACUCGAACGCUUAGAAUUACGAUGGGACCCAGAUAAUUUACGAUUUUCUGAUAAAAGCCAAAAAGCUAUUGACACUUUACGAGUAAAAUGCUUAAAACUAAGAUGUCUUGUGAUAAGUGACGGUCGUUACUACGAAAUCGUAAAAGCAAACUUUGAAAGAGCUGACAGAAUGACCGUUGUAAGAACACUCACCAACUGUAGAGUUUCCAAUUAUUAUCUUUUGGGGAAUUACCGAGAACUAAUUUUUAACUAAAGUUAAAUCGCAUUGGAUUUUUUGUAUAUAUUCUUUUCAAGCUAAAACUGAUAUGCGUGUAUAAUUUGGAGAAAUUCCUAAAUUAAUAACAAUUUAUUAAAUGCAGUAAACACUCGAAACUAUCCCACAAAAUAUGAACAACAUAGCAAUCAUGCUAGACCGUCACAUGAUGUGAACAAACUACAAACGUUCGGUUAUAGAAAUUGAUCAUUAAGAUCGACAUUUCACUAUUGCCAUUUAUUACCUAUUAACUUCGUACAAAAUUUGAAAAAGUGAACAAAUCAAUAAUGUUGUUUUGGUUCAUUCUAUCGAGCGUUUACUGUAAGACAGGAGCAUAAAAAAAGUUUAAAAUUAAUUGACGAAAGGAAAUAUGUAUACAUUUUUGGACUACAAAGGUUACCAAUAGCUCAAUAAAUAACUGUAUAUAAAUAUAGCUUUUAUAAUAGACAGUGCAGUUACAAUAGUAAUGUACACCAGGAAUGUAUUUACAAACAGUAAAGAGUUGUGAAAAAUUACAAAGAAUUAUAAAUAAAGCAUUAUUCUAG